UAUAAAAACUUUAAAAUAUAUCUAUUUACAAAUAUUAGUAAGAUUAUUAAUCCCGCAAGUGCGGGUAAAUAACCUAGUCCUUUUAUGAACGAUGAUGGAGAUUGUAGUAGAAAAUAGCGAUUCUUUAAAAAAUAGAAUACUGAAAACAAAAUUAAAUCUUAAUCAGUUUAUAAUAUUUAUUUUAUUCACAAUAUCCUCAGCUUGCAUUGUUUGCGCAAGAACUAUUGUACAUAUAUAUGGCUGUAGAAUGUAUUGUGUGACUGGUGACCAUUUGAGAAACACUAGAAACAAAAAAAAGAACGAAGAUGAAUAAAAUUAAAAGAAUGCAUGAGAAUGAUUGUUUUUCCUCAAUAAUGAAGAAUAAUUUUGUUUUGUUAUUCUCUACAAAAACAAAAAAAUGAUAAAGAAUAGAAAAAAAAAAUUAAUUCCUUAUGAAUGAUGUAUUUUUAUGGGAAUUAUAAGAAAUUGAAUGUUCGUUCUUAUUUUUUAGUCACCGAUCACACUACUUUACGUCGUUAAAGAAAAUAAAAAUAAAAACAGAAAGAAAAUAAAAUAGGUUUGGUCAAGUCAUCGAGGACUCGCAGACGACAAGACAGAGUAAAAUUAGGGUUUAACCUUUUCAGUCUCAACUCCUUUUAUUUCCUUUACUCUUCUUCUUCCUCUUUCUUCUUCCUUUCUUUAUCUACUUGACAUAGAUUUUCCAGUACUUAAAGUCGUAUCCACAUGUGUUUCUGUGUCUCUUCUGCAACCAAAAAGAAAUAGUUAUAAUAAUUAAACUUUGUUCAAAUCAUAAAUAUACACUUACAAUAAGUUGUUCAUAUAAAAACAUAUAUUAUAAUCUCUAGCUAUAUAUAUUGAGAUCACUCCCGUCUUUAUCAAAUUCUUCUACUACUCUUCCACUUUUAGUUCAGUCGAUCUGAUAUGACUCGGGUACCUUUGAUUUUGUUUUUCACCUUUUUUGGGUCAUGUUUUUUAAAAAAAAUAUUGCUUUAGAUUUUUUUUUAAAAUCUGAGAUCAUUAAUUAAUCUCAAGCUUUACAUGUUGAGAUCAAUCUCAGCUAAUCUGAUUUCUUUCUUUCCAUUUCUAGUUUCAGUAGAUCUCGUAUAUAUCUGGUCAUCUGAAUAUAUAUUUACUACUUUGUACUAACUGUUAUGCGUUGAAUAUUUAUAUAUAUAUAUAUAUAUAUGUGUGUUUUUAUUCUUCAAGCAAUGUGUUGAGUCGAAGCUUUAUUUUUGAUGAACUUGCAGAUCAAUCUCUCGUACUGAAUUAGAUCAUUCAUCUUAGCUUUCGAACACGGAAAUGAAGAACACAUUUAACCUCAUUGAUUCAAAGCUCGAGGAACAUCAUUAUCUUUGCGGAUCAAAGCAUUGUCCUGGAUGUGGCCGCAUGAUUCAAGCCGCUACUAAACCAAAUUGGUUUGGACUGCCGGCGGGAGUGAAAUUUGAUCCGACGGAUCAAGAGCUUGUUGAGCAUUUAGAAGCAAAAGUGAAGGGAAAAGAAGGAAAUAAGAAAUGGUUUCCGUCUCAUCCACUUAUAGAUGAGUUCAUCCCAACCAUUGACGGAGAAGAUGGGAUCUGUUACACUCACCCACAGAAGCUUCCAGGGGUAACAAAAGAUGGUUUAAGCAAACAUUUCUUCCACAAACCAUCAAGAGCUUACACAACCGGAACAAGAAAACGACGCAAAAUCAUCCAAACGGAACACGACUCCGAGUUAAACGGAUCGUCAUCCGAAACGAGAUGGCACAAAACCGGCAAAACAAGACCGGUUAUGAUAAACGGUCGACAAAGGGGAUGCAAGAAGAUAUUAGUACUAUACACAAACUUCGGCAAAAAUCGACGACCAGAAAAAACAAAUUGGGUGAUGCAUCAAUAUCAUUUAGGGAUUAACGAAGAAGAAAGAGAAGGAGAGCUUGUGGUCUCCAAGAUCUUUUAUCAGACACAACCUAGACAAUGUGUUGGUAAUAUUAAUUGGUCGGAACAAAAUGUUAGUUCCAAGGGCUUGAUAGGAAUUGGUGCCGGAGAUGAAAUAUGCGGCGUUGCUGCCGCCUUGCAGAGUCUUGGCUCCGGUGACGUUAUUUCUAGGGUUAAUACGAACCCCUUUACAAGAGCCUUCGAUGAGGGGACAGCCGAAGCUUCGAAGGGAAGAGAAAACCGGCUUGUGUCCGGCACGUGCGAGGAAGUACAUGAUGGGAUCAUAAGAUCAUCGUCAUCAACUUCAUAUCAUAUGAUUCAUGAUCAUAAUCAACAUGAUCAUCAGAUUGGAGAAAUAAGAGAAUUUCACAUACCAUCUUCGUCAUCAUAUCAUGAGUCAAUCUUCAACAUUACAAGUACUGUGCCGUCUCAGCAGCAACAAUUAAGGGGUCGAUCAUCUGGUUCGGGAUUAGAAGACUUAAUCAUGGGUUGCACAUCUACUUGCACAGAAGAGGAAAAUUCAGAAGCAAUUCCAGAGCAAAACGCAGACUGGUUAACGUUUCCACCAUCCUGGAACCAAACCGAGUCAGAUGGUCAAAACCGGAGAUUUUAACCGAACCAGAAGGAAGCAGAGAAGUCUUGCAAACAAUGGGCUUAGCUUUCGAUCAAUGCUGGAAAUGCUUAGCUAUAUAUAGUCUCUGCCAUUAAGUUACGGCAUCAGAGGUCUCUAGACUUUGUAUCGUUUUAAAUUCCUCAACAAUCUAUACCACAAGUGACAAUCUGUCAGAAACAAUAGCCUAGACUUUGUAUUAAAAAAACACACAAGUAGAUCAUGUUUUUUUGUUAGCUUCA